AUGAUUGUUACUUAUGUCCUCCAAAGAAACAGUAGAUAUGUCGCCCUGAAGAUCCUAGUCUCGAAACUCCUAGGAUCGACCACCGAGCUACGAACCUUGCGCCACAUCACCGAAGUCGCACCAGUCGAAGGAACCCGAUAUAUCACACAACUGCUAGACGAGUUCGAACACCACGGGCCUAAUGGCGUCCACCAGGGCCUGGGAUUUGAGCCUAUGGGGUCGAGUGUGAAUACAAUGGUCGAGGAGCUGAUCUACGACGUAAGUGGCAAGAACGCUGCGCUGGGGAUGGCCGAGACGACCCCUACACCGUGA